CAGGGAGAAGCCCUUCAGGUGCUUGGAAUGUGGGAAGAGCUUCAGGCUGAGAACCCACCUGCUCACCCACCAGCACAUCCACACUGGGGAACGGCCCUACACUUGUGGGGAAUGUGGGAAGAGUUUCAGGGAAAGCUCCACCAUGAUCCGACACCAGCACAUCCACACUGGGGAACGGCCCUACACAUGUGGGGAAUGCGGGAAGGGCUGCAGUGACAACUCCAGCCUCUGCAAACACCAGCGCGUCCACACUGGAGAACGACCCUACAAGUGCUUGGAAUGUGGGAAGAGGUUUCACACCAGCUCCAGUCUCGUCCAGCACCAGCGGACGCACACGGAUGAGAGGCCCUUCUGCUGCACCGACUGUGGGAAGGGCUUCAACCGGAACUCCCACCUCUUCAGGCACCGGCGCAUCCACAGCGGGGAGAGGCCCUACAAGUGUGGGGAGUGUGGGAAAAGCUUCCUCAAGAGCUCUGCCUUUACCAGACACCAACGGACCCACCACUAAGGGAAGCCCU